AUGAAAAGUGGGACAUCGAUACCAAACCUCUCAUGGAAUUGGAAACCAUUUACGAAAUCUGUGGAAACGGCAGAUAUCAGUGAAGACAAAGUCCGUACCCAUCGAUCCAAUUCACAGAAACGACAAAACAAUCCUUUGGAUGAAAUAUCAGAAGAUUCUUAUAAAACGAUAUGUUUGGGAGAUAUGUCGACAAUGAAGAGUCCAAUGUAUCAUAACAUCACUUUAUCUCAAACCCAACACUGGAUGCGUCUCGAAGAGGCUAUUCUCGAGAUAUUUGAGAGAUCGGGUCCAUUGCUGUUGAGAUCGGGCUCUUUGGUCAGCAUUCAUGAACACGUCAGACAUUUGUUGGACUCUAAUAUCGGAUCAUUUGUUUACGACCGCUAUAACAGACAUAUACUGAAGAAAGGGAUGGCAAUUCUUCGCCAGAAACUGGUCCUAAAGGCAAACUUAAUUGACGGCUUGUGUGACAUUUGGGUUCAAUUUUAUUCAAACAUUUUGCCCGCUUUGGACUCAAUUCUGUAUAGAGUUAAGGCUAAGUGCGGACUAACCGUAAGGCAGACAACACUUAUUGCAUUCAGAGAUGAAAUGAUUUUCGAAACGAGUUUUGAGGACAAACUCAAAGAUUUAAGCGUAUAUGAAUGCUAUCCUCCGUCCAAAAACAAGAUCCACAUCGAGUUAUUAACGGCUCUGACAAUCAGCCCAUAUAUGGGGUAUAAAGGCUUGUAUUUAGAGCACGAUAUCAGCGAAGUCGCCGUCCCGUCGAGAGAGCCUCAUCUGAACGCCAAACGCAAAUCCAUAGAUCUAUUAUCGCGUUCAUUGUCUCGACCCCUAACUAUGCAACCAAAACAAUUGGAAACUCUUAAAGAGUUGUUUGCGACGGCCAUCAAGAAAAUCAACUAA